AUGGUUCCUAGGGCGUUCCCAGACACCUAUACCCUUCGAAGCCACGGCCGGGCUCGCACAUGCGAUUACCGCGUCUUCAUUGAAAAGAAUGGGUGCCCCGUCUCCCCCUUCCAUGACAUUCCGUUAUAUGAAGACAAGGACAGCCAUGUCUUCAACAUGGUCGUCGAGGUUCCAAGGUGGACUAAUGAGAAAUACGAGAUCUCAAGAACCAACACCCUGAACCCUAUCCACCAAGACCAAGCCGGCGGUGUCCCAAGGUACGUGCGGAACCGGUAUCCGCACCACGGCUACAUAUGGAACUACGGCGCUCUACCUCAGACCUGGGAGGACCCCAACUACGUACACCCCGACACCGACGCCAAAGGCGACAACGACCCAAUCGACGCAUGCGACAUUGCGCAAGCCGUCUCUUACGCCGGCCAAGUCAAACAGGUCAAGAUCCUAGGCAUCCUCGGGCUGAUAGAUAGCGGGGAGACGGACUGGAAGCUCAUCGUCAUCGACGUCCGGGACCCGAUGGCGCAGAACAUGCAUGAUAUCGACGACGUCGAUCGCAUCAUGCCUGGUUUUCUCACGGCCACGAGAGAAUGGUUCCGCUUGUACAAGGUACCUGACGGAAGUCCACCCAACGACUUUGCGUAUGAUGGCAAUUACCAGAGCAAGACGUUCGCUCGCGGCGUCAUUGAAGAAUGUCAUCGUGCCUGGGACAAGCUGAUCGUCGGAAAGAGCGAAUCUGGCCAGAUUAGUUGCACGAAUGUGACGGUGGACAAGUCACCCUUCCGGAUCGAUCCCGGCGAUCUGGACAUACCCAAGGAUGAACAUCUGAAGCCAGCUCCGAGGCCAAAGGUCAUUGAUGAAUGGUUUUUUAUCCCUGCUCGAGACGUUCCUGGCGAACAUCAAGGUUGA